CCAAAAUGUUCUCAAAAAUCACCAUUAUUCUUUUCUUUCUUUUUUCAUACUAUUGCUAUGGCGACGAGGCCUGUUGUGGGCGUUUCAUGGAGUCUUUUGAUUCGCUUUUAUACAACCGGGUCCUGAUCGGCCGGGUGAUCAAGUCGUUGUUCACUCGUCGAGGAAUUUUCUCUUGUGCUUACAGAUGCUUGUCUCUCCCGUCUUGUUCAUCAUACAACUACCAAACAUUGGAGUCCGACUAUGGCGUCUGUGAGUUAAACGGAAAAGAAGGCGGACAGGAAACCUUAAAAGAAAGAGCUGGGUUUGUUUUCGCACGACGGAGAAAGACGCCACGCAGCUGCAAAGAGGCAAGAGAGCUGACCAUUAAGCCUGCAUCGGCCUAUUUCUGUAUCAAAGACAACAACGGUGAUAUGUUUAAAGUCUAUUGCGAUUUCACCUCAGAGCCCGGUUGGGCCUGGACUCUAGUUAUGUCAGAAAGCUUAGAGAACGUUGGCAAACCUUUCACCCGACAGGCUUUGUUCACAAAUGAGCCAAUGAGCCCAGAGGUUCCCAACUGGGAGGCGUACAGGCUUCAAUUAGACCGCAUGAAAGGGUUGAGAUCUGAGUCGACACACUGGCGAAUAACUUGCAGCUUCGAUCCUGCGAGCCUUGUCAACUAUCGAGAUUACGUUCGAGCAAAGUUUAAAAACUUUGACUUGUUAACUUAUGUUGGCGAUGCAACUUGCGAACACGUGGAUUACAUUAACGUCCAUGGACACAGCUGUGAAAACUGCACUGCGCUUUGGUAUCAAUCCACCGGGUACAUUUUAGUCCAUCGAAGCUUUGAUACCCGUUGCGACUUUGGUAGAGCACCAGGGUCCAUUCACUCCAAUGGGGAUAGUGAGCAAAACUUUGGCCGGUAUGUAGUCUGCAAUCAUAACUUCCGAUGCACAUCAAAUAGCUCUGCCACAACCAGCUAUUGGUUCGGUUCAAGAAUUUGAGUUCGUUGGAACAAUCUGAGAACUGUGUAAAGUACGAACAGAACCAUACCUUACAUAGUGUAUACUUUACUUUUGGAAAAAGCCUCUAAUUAUUAAUUGAACACGUCAAGAACUUUGAAAGUUUUGCAACAUCGCAACGGAAACUUUUGAACUUUUUGUUUAUUAUUCUCAUGAGUGAACGUUGUUUACUGUUUUACAAGUCAGUAGAGACUGGUUUUUAAAACACAAAGUGUCGAAAGAAAAAAAAAAUAAAACGCACCUCCUUUGUCUCCAAA